AUUAAGCACCCCAGCCUUCCUCCUCCCUGGUGCCAAGUGGGAUCAAUUUCUGCACCCGGCCCGCCCAGAGGCUGGGAAACUGAUCUCUCCGGGCGCAGAUUCCCUUCCACACUCUCUCAGAUCCUCUUCCCUCUCUCCCUUCCUCCCUCCCCUCCUCCCUGGAUUAUUUAUUCCCUCGCUUCCCCUUUUCUUGGUUGUGUGCUGGAGGCCCCUUCAGAUCUCUUUCCCAGCCCCCUGCAGAACGUGUGUGUGCUUCACAAAAAGGCCUCUCUCCCUCUGGGUUGUCUCCCUCCCUUCCUCCACCCUUCUUUCUCAGCACCUCUUCUCUCUCUCUCUCUCUUGCUUGCUCUGUCUGUCUCUUUUCUUUCUUGUCGGAGACUCUGGGAUAAUGGCGUGUGGGUUGUGCUUGUGAGGAUGAGUUCCUGCUUCGUACCGAACGGGGCCAGCCUAGAAGACUGCCACUCCAAUCUCUUCUGUCUGGCCGAUUUAACGGGGAUUAAAUGGAAACGCUACGUAUGGCAAGGUCCAACAUCUGCCCCAAUUCUCUUUCCUGUGACGGAAGAAGACCCCAUUCUGAGCAGCUACAGUCGUUGUCUGAAGGCCGAUGUCCUGAGUGUGUGGCGGAGAGACCAGAGGCCUGGCCGUCGGGAACUGUGGAUAUUCUGGUGGGGCGAUGACCCCAGUUUCGCGGACUUAAUUCAUCAUGAUCUGGCAGAUGAAGAAGAUGGUGUGUGGGAGAACGGGCUUUCCUACGAAUGUCGUACUCUGCUCUUCAAAGCAAUUCACAACCUGGUGGAGAGAUGUCUAAUGAACCGGAACUUUGUGCGCAUUGGGAAAUGGUUUGUGAAGCCUUAUGAGAAAGACGAGAAACCUAUAAAUAAAAGUGAACACCUUUCCUGCUCCUUCACCUUCUUCUUGCACGGCGACAGCAACGUCUGUACCAGUGUGGAAAUCAACCAGCACCAACCUGUGUACUUUGUCAGUGAAGAGCAUCUCACUCUUGCCCAGCAGUCAAACAGUCCUUUUCAAGUUAUUCUUAGUCCAUUUGGAUUAAAUGGUACACUCACGGGACAGUCGUUCAAGCUGUCGGAUUCGGCGACAAAAAAGCUGAUUGGCGAAUGGAAGCAGUUCUAUCCGAUCAUGUCCAACCUGAAGGAGGGAUUGGAGGAAAAAGAAGAGAUGGAUUGGGAAGACGAUUCUCUUGCUGCCGUGGAAGUCCUUGUUGCUGGUGUGCGAAUGGUCUAUCCGGCGUGCUUUGUCCUCGUCCCUCAGACAGACAUUCCUGCCCCCAGUGCUGCUGGGUCCACGAACUACUUGGGUGUCCAUCAAGUGCCUCCUUCCACCAGAGACCCAGCGAUGUCUUCAGUGACUCUGACUCCGCCCACGUCCCCAGAAGAGGUUCAAACGGGUACAGCAAGCAAAUCCUUCCCCUCUCCAAUGGGGGCUUCUAGCAACGAGCCAUGUCUUGUUCCAAGGGUCCAAAAUCCUCGUUCAGCCCAGAAGUGGGUGAAGCUCUCCUCUGUGUCAGAUACAUUCAGCUCAGACAGUAUGAGUCACCAUGGGGGCAAGAUCCCUCGGAAGCUGGCCAACCAAGUGGUUGACAGAGUGUGGCAAGAAUGCAAUAUGAACAGAGCACUGGCCAAGAGGAAGUAUCCUGCGACGUCGAACGGCUUAUGUGAAGAGGAGACGGUUGACAAAAUCGCAUUUUGGGACUUCGUCGAAGCCACGCAAAGGACAAACUGCAUCUGCUCAAGGCACAAAAAUCUCAAACCGAGGCUGGCGAUCCAGCAGGGGCUGGUGUCUCCAGUGGGCCAACAGCAGCAGGCGGCCCCAAAGCACAAGGCCAACGAGAAGCAAGAGAAAGGGGACAAGCCUCAGAAGCGCCCUCUGACUCCCUUUCACCACCGCGUGUCCAUCAGCGACAACGUUGCCAUGGAGGCCGACUCUGCCAGCCAGAGGCUUGUGAUCGCGGCCUCGGACAGCCAAGUGAGGUUCCCCAGCCUCCGAACGAACGACGUAGCGAAGACUCCCCAGCUGCACGGCCCGGAAAUGGCCAACUCUCCCCAGCCCCCGCCUCUCAGCCCCCACCCGUGUGACGUCGCCGAUGAAGGGACAACCAAAACGCCUUUCACCCCGCAGAGCCAGCAUUUCUAUCAGAUGCCAACGCCGGAUCCUUUGGUUCCUUCCAAAGCCAUGGAGGACAGGAUGGAUGGCUUGUCCCAGCCUUUCCUGGCUCCCUACCCAGAAGUCAUAGAGCCCACCAUAUACGUUGGCACCGUGGCGAACUUGGGAGAAGAAGCCGAUUCCACGUGGAAGUAUUACAGGGUUCCCAAGAAAAAGGAUGUGGAUUUCCAGCCCCCUCAGCUUCCGAGUGAAAAAUGCAGGGACGACCCCAUGGGAUGCGCCACGCAGGACAACAUACCUUCGGCUACGGAAUUGAUGGUGCAAUGUGGGAAGCCUCUCAAGGUCUCUGACGAGUUAGUGCAGCAGUAUCAGAGUAAGAAUCAGUAUCUGGCUGCAAUGGCAGCUGACCAGGAGCAAGAAACAGAUCCUUACGCGUUUGUUGACGGAGACGAAGAGUUCCCGUUUCCUGACAAAAAGGACCGGCAGAACAGUGAGCGAGAGGCUGGGAAAAAACACAAGGUCGAAGAUGGGACGCCUAGCGUGGGAGAGGAUGCCAUGUCGCUAUUUAGUCCUUCUGUCAAACAAGCGACGGACGCCCAGCGUGUCCCCCCUCAUAACCGCACGGCAUCGACCAGUUUGUUUCACGAGAAUGACCUGGUUGUCUCGUACACGGACCUCGACAAUCUCUUCAACUCUGACGAAGAUGAGCUCACACCUGGUUCUAAAAGAACUCUCAAUGGAGCAGAUGACAAAUCCAACUGCAAAGAGUCGAAAACGGGAAAUCUGGACCCCUUGUCAUGCAUAAGCACAGCAGAUCUUCAUAAAAUGUAUCCCACGCCGCCAUCUUUGGAGCAACACAUUAUGGGGUUUUCUCCCAUGAACAUGAACAAUAAGGAAUAUGGCAGCAUGGAUACCAUGCCUGGAGGGACGGUCCUAGAAGGAAACGGUGCUCCUGCUGGUGUUCAGUUCAGAGUCGAGGUAGAGGAGGGGUUCUGCAGCCCCCGGCCCUCCGAAAUAAAGGAUUAUUCCUACGUGUAUAAGCCCGAAAACAGCCAGGCCUUUGUGGGCUGCUCCAUGUUUGCGCCGUUGAAGACCCUCCCCAGCCAAUGUCUCCCAUCCAUCAAGCUGCCGGAGGAGUGUGUGUACCGACAGAGCUGGACUGUGAGCAAGCUGGAGUUACUUCCUCCGGGACCCGCCAUGCCAUUCAUCAAAGAGAGUGAUGGGAGCACUAUUGAUCAAGAGUACGGCCCUGCCUACACUCCGCAAACGCAUACUCCCUUUGGAAUGCCACCCAGCAGUGCCCCACCCAGCAACAGUGGGCCCGGCAUUCUCCCUUCGCCUUCCACCCCUCGCUUCCCCACCCCUCGAACUCCACGGACACCUCGGACUCCCCGGGGGGCUGGGGGGCCAGCCAGCGCUCAAGGCUCAGUCAAAUACGAAAAUUCAGACUUGUAUUCGCCAGCUUCAACGCCGUCAACGUGCAGGCCACUGAAUUCAGUUGAGCCCGCCACCGUUCCAUCUAUCCCCGAAGCCCACAGCCUCUACGUCAACCUCAUCCUCUCCGAAUCGGUGAUGAACCUCUUCAAGGACUGCAACUUUGACAGCUGCUGCGUCUGCGUCUGCAACAUGAACAUCAAAGGAGCUGAUGUGGGUGUCUAUAUCCCAGACCCAACGCAAGAGAUCCAGUACAGAUGCACCUGCGGCUUCAGCGCCGUCAUGAACCGGAAGUUUGGCAACAGCUCUGGCCUGUUCCUGGAGGAUGAGCUGGACAUCCUGGGCCGCAAUUCGGAGUGUGGCAAGGAGGCUGAGAAACGGUUUGAGGCCCUCCGCAGUGGUCCUGUCGAGCACGGUGGAGGGCCGAAGGAGGCUGACAAGUUGCCCGACGAGCUCAUCCUCCUGCUGCAAGACCAGUGCACCAACUUGUUUUCCCCCUUUGGGGCGGUGGAUCAAGACCCCUUGCCCAAAGUGGGCGUGGCCGGCAGCCUGGUGCGCGCUGAGGAGAGGGACUGUUGCAACGACUGCUACCUUGCGCUGGAACACGGGCGCCAGUUCAUGGACAACAUGUCGGGAGGGAAAGUCGAUGAAGCACUUGUGAAGAGUACUUGCUUGCAUCAUUGGUCCAAACAGAACGUUGUAGACGUGAGCAUGCAGUGUUCUCAGGACAUCCUUCGCAUGCUGCUCUCACUCCAGCCGGUCCUUCAAGAUGCAGUGCAGAAAAAGCGGACCGUCCGCUCAUGGGGCGUGCAGGGCCCCUUGACGUGGCAGCAGUUUCACAAGAUGGCCGGCCGCGGCUCUUACGGAACCGACGAGUCCCCAGAACCACUUCCCAUCCCGACUUUCUUGCUGGGGUACGAUUACGACUUCCUGGUGCUCUCUCCGUUUGCCUUACCCUACUGGGAGAGGCUGAUGUUGGAACCCUACGGAUCUCAAAGAGACAUUGCUUACGUUGUGGUUUGUCCGGAGAACGAAGCCUUGCUUAACGGUGCCAAGACCUUCUUUCGGGACCUGACGUCAAUAUACGAGUCCUGCAGGCUUGGCCAGCACCGGCCCAUCUGUAAGCUGUUGCCUGACGGGAUCAUGCGAGUGGGGUCGGCGGCUUCGAGCCAACUCUCCGAGAAGUCCGUGGCCGAGUGGUUCUCGCAAGCCGCUCACGCCAACAACGAGUCAUUUUCGAGACUCAAGCUGUAUGCUCAAGUCUGCAGAUACGAUUUGGGUCCUUACCUUGCUACGCAACCAUUGGACAAUACCUUGCUCUCUCAAUCAAGCCUGGUUCCCCCCACAAGCCACUCUGCACCCAGCCAGCCUCAGGUUGCAGGCAACUCCACGCCUUCUUCCAACUCCUCCUCUGCCAGCAGCAACGCUGUGACCGUGAACUCAAGUGGUGCCAUUGCCUCUGCCGCUACCACGGCCAACUCGACCCUGACCACGGCGGCCACCUCCUCCUCCUCCACUGUGGGCAGUGGGAUGCCAGUGAACAAACCUCCUUUCCCCCCCUUCGGCGGCAUGAGCACCACGAUGGCUUCCACCCUUUCGGCACAGGCCAUGGCGGUCCAGAAUGGGCAGCAGCAACAGGCCACCGGGAUAUCUGGGGAAGCCCCCUCUGUCCUCUCCCAGCCACACCCAGAGGUUUCAGAGAGCACUAUGGACCGUGAUAAGGUGGGUGUCCCGACCGAUGGCGACUCACAUGCAAUCACCUACCCGCCUGCCAUUGUCGUCUACAUCAUCGACCCUUUCACAUAUGAGAAGAAAGAGGAGAGCAGCUCCUCCAAUGUGUGGACCCUCGGCCUUCUCCGUUGUUUUUUAGAAAUGAUCCAAAAUCUUCCGCCUCACAUCAGGAACAUUGUUUCUGUCCAGCUUGUUCCUUGCCAAUAUCUGUUGCAACCUGUCAAGAACGAGGACAGGCAGAUCUACACCCAACAUCUAAAAUCGCUGGCCUUCUCGGCUUUUACCCAGUGUCGGAGGCCGCUCCCAGCAUCGACCAAUGUGAAAACACUAACCGGGUUUGGGCCAGGCUUAGCCAUGGAAAUGGCUCUCAGAAGUCCGGAUAGACCAGAGUGUAUUAAGCUGUACGCACCUCCUUUCAUACUGGCUCCUGUCAAAGACAAGCAGACGGAGCUAGGAGAAACCUUUGGGGAAGCUGGCCAGAAGUACAACGUUCUUUUCGUGGGCUACUGUUUGUCUCACGAUCAGAGGUGGCUUCUUGCCUCGUGCACGGAUCUGUAUGGAGAACUGCUGGAAACCUGCAUAAUCAACAUUGACGUACCAAACAGGGCUCGUAGGAAAAAAGGCUCUGCUCGCCGUUUCGGCCUCCAGAAACUCUGGGAGUGGUGCUUGGGGCUCGUGCAGAUGAGUUCGUUGCCAUGGAGAGUCGUAAUAGGACGUCUUGGAAGGAUAGGCCACGGAGAACUGAAAGACUGGAGCUGUUUGCUCAGUCGCCGGAACCUGCAGUCCCUUAGCAAGAGGCUGAAAGACAUGUGCCGGAUGUGUGGGAUCUCCGCGGCGGAUUCUCCCAGCAUCCUGAGCGCGUGCUUAGUGGCCAUGGAACCGCAAGGAUCCUUUGUCAUCAUGCCAGAUUCGGUAUCUACCGGCUCCGUAUUUGGGCGCAGCACCACCCUGAACAUGCAGACGUCUCAGCUGAACACGCCGCAGGAUACGUCCUGCACUCACAUCCUUGUGUUUCCCACCUCUGCCUCUGUGCAAGUAGCCUCGUCAACUUACACCACUGAAACGGGCUUGGACCUGGCCUUUAAUACAAACAAUGAUGGAGGCGAUGGAAUGGGCAUCUUUGACUUGCUGGACACUGCAGACGACCUCGACCCUGAUAUCAUAAAUAUCCUCCCUGCGUCCCCUACGGGGUCCCCUGUCCACUCACCGAGUUCCCACUUCACCCACGGAGGCGACAUGGGCAAGGGUCAAGGCACUGACCGGCUGCUUUCGACGGAGUCCCACGACGAAGUCACCAACAUCCUACAGCAGCCCCUGGCGCUGGGCUACUUCGUGUCAACUGCCAAAGCAGGUCCGUUGCCUGACUGGUUCUGGUCGGCGUGUCCUCAAGCACAAAACCAGUGUCCCCUGUUUCUUAAGGCAUCUUUGCACCUCCACGUGCCUUCAGUGCAGUCCGAUGAGCUACUUCACAGUAAACACUCCCACCCUCUUGACUCGAAUCAGACUUCCGACGUCCUCAGGUUUGUGUUGGAACAGUACAACGCCCUCUCCUGGCUAACCUGCGACCCUGCAACCCAGGACCGACGGUCGUGUCUCCCCGUUCACUUUGUGGUGCUGAAUCAGUUGUAUAACUUUAUCAUGAAUAUGCUGUGAUCUUUAUCUCAACUGGGCAGAAAGAAGGAAGUUAAAAAACAAAACAAAGGGAAAAGAAGACUUCACUGCAGGACUAAGUUAACUCUUCUCCGUACAAAUCGUUUUGUGAUGUGGGGGGGCGGGGGGCAGGAAUAUCCAUUCUUGGCUACUUCCAGAAAAAUUUUUGGUCUUGACUUGUGGUGGGAGGCACAUAACCUUACUGUUCAAACCCACCUCCCUUUUUAUGUUCGUGUAUUGCCUAUACCGGACUGAUUCGAGUGUUGAAUCGGAUCGAUCCGUCAAAAUGUAUUAUAUCUUUUUAGUAGCGGAGUAAGUUUCUUCCCCUCCCCUCCCCCCAUCACAGUAUUUGUGAAGAGUAUAUGAGCCAUAGGCCCCACCCCUCUUGAAUGGAUAUUUUAAGCAGAACAAGCAUGGAGACAGUAAGACAGAUGAGGGCGGGGAAAAGCAGAUGUCCAUCAAACGCUUUUGGAACACUGCAGUGUUCUUGUAUUGGAUUACAGUACCUAGUAUUCAACAACAACAAAAAUGCUUGCAUCUCUUAUUUAUUGUAAGUUUUUAAAUGUAUAAAUUGUCUUAUAUUUCUUAACCACUUUUAUAAAAAAAAAAAAAAUUCCUAGAAGGUUUAUACUGCCUUCUUGCUUUAAAGCAAUUGGUCUAAAAAUAUAUAUGUAAUCGUCUUAAUUGAAAGUUUCAGUAGGUUGCUUUUAGAAUAUUAUUUUUUGGUAAGGGGAUGGGGUGGAACAGUACAAUUUGUAUUUGGUCUUGAUGUACAGUUUAAUGGGGCAUCUGGGUGGGGUGGGAUAAAUGUCCAUACCAUUGUGUGUGGGAGAUUUACAGCUAAGCUGUAGUUGCAGAUUAUAUGUGUACAGUAAUGAAGUUCACUGUGUUUAUAUAAAAUUGAAGAAAAAUGAAAAAGGUACCAGGUCUUAACAGCAAUUUUCUAUCACACCUUUGCAGAGUUAACAUAAUGGCAAUAUAUUAACAGGCAAUAUUGUAGGUGGUUUUAACUUGUAGUGAGGAUUUUUUAAAAAGGAAAAAAAUAAGAAUUUUUUUUAAAAAAAAUUUUGUUCAGGCCCAAGACGUAGCCGUUCAGGCCUCAUCCCUGGUUUCCCCCCCACCCACCCCAAGUAAAGGAGGGCUGUGCUUACUUAAAGUACCUUCAGUCCUCUGUGUGCGCAUGUCUGUUAGCAGCAUUGGUGUUGCUCAUUGAAAUGGUGGCACUACUUUCUAAAAAUAAAAAUCCCCCUUCCCUUGAAUAAAUUAUAUCAUUUUUCAUCGUCAAGUAUAUUUUUGUGUUCCUCUUUUAAGGAUCUGAAGGAGCUUCUUGGCAUGUGAAUUUGGAAUUAGCAGGGAAAUCUUACCCACUCCUAUCCCAAAUGCCCCAUUUCGAGGCUGAAACCGUAGCCUUAAGAGUGGACAAACACUUCAAGGAAAACUCAGACAGUUCUGAAGGACCGGGGCAAGCAUGAAUGGAAAUAUGCUGUAAAUUAGUUUCUCAGUGAAUGUUGGUUUCUGGGGGGCUUGAUGCUACUAAUGAAAGAACCAUCUUUUUCCUUUUGCUUCUCUCCCCGCUACACCCCCCCCCGGUCCCUCCAAGCCUCUUGUGUUAAAUCUCUGACAAAUGGUUCAAGCUAUCAGCUUGUAUCUUUUAAAGAAAAGUCCAUGUUCCAGCAUGGCAAAACAUCAAGGAGAGGGGAUGAAAGUACAUUGGGCGUGGCAGGAAACGGUUCUCCCGACUUCCUUCAAUUAACCCUUUCCUCGCCAAUGCCAAAUUUGAGAUGCUUCUCUGCCUCCCCAUAGCAACCAUUUCCCCCACCCCCGCACAUGUGUGUGCUGUUAAAACUCCUGAAUUGUUCCACAAGGCUGGGUAGAGGCUUCCUGCUGUCUGGUCCAUCCUGGGGCUGUGUUGACAUUUGCACGUGACAGUUCAGCUAUGGUGCUAAGUGUGCUCAUGGGAUGCAUUGCACCAGGAUGAACCACAUGACUGGAAGCUGUCCCUAUGUGCACCCGUGCCACUCAAGGGAGCCUUAGACAAGUGGGCUGUGUCACCAUGAACCUGUUAAGCCUCAGCUUAGUUACAUCCUUUGCGGGGUUUAGGGUAUCCUGGAUUGCUAGCUUGUUAAGGAAGCUUCGUGAAGAGGGAGAGAUCACACAGGUUGUGGGGUGGCCUUGUUUGCUGGAUUUUGCACCCCAGGUAGUCAGAACCCCCUUGGUCAAAACCCCUCUGUAGUUUUUCAACAGGUCCCAACAUUACAAGUAUUCGCACAGCCUGAAUUUCAGCAUCUUUUCUGAAGUCCUGUUCCAGACAGAGUAUUAACCCAGAAGGCACUGCUUUGCCUGUGAGCAGACAUACCUUGGACUUGUCUGAUCACCCUCGCCAAUGUACUUCCCAAUCAACAUAUGACUAGCAGUUGUCCUCGGUGUGCAGUUUGAUUGGGAUUUCCAGUUUCUCCUUUUUUAAAAAAACAAAUCCAAAGGUGAAUUGGAGAGCCACAUAUUUUGAUAUUGUUACAAGAUGGGUGUGUCUGGAGUGAUGCACUAGUGCAAUUAAUGCAGUAAUAAAGCAGCGCAUCUUUUGAACUGGGUGAAAUUUACUAAGCACAACAUGCUUCUUAAAUGCAGGCUUUGUAUUUUUAACAAGUCGGCCUAACCCAAUGCAUUUUUGAAGGCCUUGAGUUACUAGGGUUGCUAUUUGCACUUCUGCUGUCUAUUGCAUUUCAUUCCGAGUGUGUUGUGUGCUGUGUUGGGUAUUGGGUGUCUGUUGAUGGCAGCUACUUUUUCCGAUGCUCUAGUCAGGGAUUCUCAAUGUUGGGUCCCCAGAUGUUAUUGGACAUCAACUCCCACAAAGGCCGCUGGGGAUUAUGGGAGUUGAAGUCCAGUAACAUCUGGGGACCCAACGUUGAGAAUCCAUGUUCUGGGUUGCCUGCCACCCUAAAUGGCUGCAAAACACUGUGUGCCUGUCUUACAUAAUUGGACAGUGCCAGUUUUUAAACACUUAAAAGUCCUUUUGGAUUUCAGUGGGAGAUCUUUGAGCAUGUGCUUCAACUCUCCCGUUUUUGAAAUCCAGGACAUGUGUUACAUUUGGAUGGAUGGUGCUUCUAAUCCUGAUGCACCAAUUGUGUUUGUGCAAAUUGAGCACAGGUGGUCCCCUGCUGAUUCAAGUAAGUCUGGUGCUGGGAGGGGCUUGUCGGGAUCUGUGUGCAGCAGGAUUGUGGGUAGACGUUCUCCGUGCUUUUGGUUCCCGGUAGCAUGCGUCAACCCCACUCCACCCCACCCCACCUAGACUGCUUGAGGGGUCUGUGUGCGUACCCCGUUUGCAGUGCCCGACACAGACGUCUCGGUUGCUUUGUUAGGUUUACCGCUGGGGUGUUAACAUGCAAAGCAGUAAACAGCAGAAGUGCCGAAGAACCUUCAUAUAUGAUCACCCCUAAUUUGGCUCUGAGGCUGUUCAGAGUAAGACCUCCCUUUACCUGAUGCUUGUCUCCGAUAGAUAAGAUUGCAGCUUGCCACACCUUCCUGAGAUCUAGAACACAUUGACUGAUACUGGGACAUGAAUCUGUGCUGAGGUGUAUACAGCCAUAUUAGAGAAGAACAAUACUCAUUUGGGGGUAAUAAAUCUCAAACUGAAAUGUAGAAAAGAUUGGCUGGGGUGUAUAUAAGUAAACAUUUUCCCUCUGUUCAGAUGCGAGGUAUUCUCCCCCCCCCCAUCUCACUUGACAUUUUGUUUGCAGUGUUAUACAGUGGAAUUGCUCAGCUGAAGAAAGACGAUGCCUUAAAUUUGUCAUUAAGCUUACAUGGCAGUUCAGUGAGCAUAGAAAGUAGCUGUGGCUUCAGCGUUCUUAUCCCGGGUGAAGUGUGACUUUUAAAAACCACUGAUUUCCAGUGACUUGUGUCGCACUGUGGACGUGUCAGGGGCUUACGAAACUUAGUAUUAUAUACAAAGUAUAUAACAAUAUAUACUUUGUGUUUGUACUUCAUCUGCUUUGGUAAUGUGUUUUAAUAUCAUGGGAUUGUUUUGAAACAAUUUGCAUAUGUGUUUGAUGAAGCUUCUUUUAUCUGACAACAAUAUCAAAAUAUGUUGCAAUAUUUGAAAAGCACGGAUUCUAUCCUGUUGAGAAUGCUGUUGCUUACUACACACCAGUCUCUUGGCCCAGCUUAUUCUGUUAAUAUUGAAGUAUGUUGCAUAAGACACUGCUUUGAGCUGGCUUUUCCUCUUGACAGUUGGAUUUCUCAAGAGAAUUUCUGGAAUUGGCCAUUCUGACAUUAUUUCCCCAAUAUAGCAAAAUUCAUAUUGGAGAUUGUUUUCAUCUUAGUGACAUGAAGAUCUUGAAUAAUGAACGGAAAAUCCCAUAUCUGCGUCAGUUUCCAAUGGAGUCAAAUUUUGCUUAAAACUGGAUGGAGGACCUAAAGUGUAAUUCUCAAAUCACACUUUUAGGAAGGCUGUUAAUGUACAGUAAUACCGCAACCCACCCACCCCCCAACUGGAUCUGAAAGUCUUGGAAAAGCUAACUUGGAAUUUGAGAGCAAAAUUGUGGCAUAAUUACUGGACAUGUCUGCUACAUAAAUGUUCUUUUUUUUGCAGGGGGGGAGACAGCUGGGUCACUUAAAAGGGAGGGGGGAGACUUUAGGUUUGUCUUCAGCUGUGAGAUUUAAUGGUCCAAGUCUCUCUUUAUUUAACAUUAUGAUAAAUGGGGGGGGGGAAGGAACAAACACUAUUGCUGCGGAAUGCCAUAAACACUGAGUUGUACAAAUUGUGAUCGAGGAAAUGGAAAAGGUUUAUACUUUUAAAAAAAAAAUUCAAAUGGAAUAAAUUAUUCAUGAAGCCUU